AUGUUGUAUCAAAUUACUCGAUACGAAGAUACCAUAGAAGGAUCUAGCGAUGCAGAAGUGAAGGCAUAUUAUGCUAAAGAUGCAAUCUACUGUCGACGAAUAAAUGUGUUUCAAUUCAUAGCUACAUUCCUUGCAUGCGCCAGUUUUGCGCAAGAUUCAGUAGUAAUAUUUCUUACCUCUGAUGACAUGAGCGUGUUUAAAGAUACUCCAUUUAUGCACGACCUCUGGUAUCCAUUCAAUAGAGCAGACUAUAUAUAUUUGGUCAUUUGUAUCGCUUUCAUAUGUGAUACUCAAGGGCUAAUAUGCAAUACAGCUAGCCAAACCACAUUGCUUUGCGUGAUGAUUUAUGCAAGAACAAGACUGAAAAUCUUACAAAUUCGCUUGCGAAAGUUUGAUAAGAUUGCUGUUGAAGAGUACGAAGGUGAUGUAGUACGCGCCGUCAAGGAUCUUAUAGCUGAACAUCAAUAUUUAAUAAAUUUUGUUAAGUCAUUGAAUGACCGAACGCAACACGUUUUGUUGCUUGAAUUCAUGCUAAAUUCACUAUGUUUAGCAUCCGGCACAAGUCAGUUUAUUAUAAUCGAUACAACUUCGGGUUGGUUGGCCACUGUAUUCCUUAACUUGUAUGUAAUUGUUCAGAUAUUUAUCCUAUCGUGGCAUGCAAAUGAAAUAUCGGUAGAGGGCUUAGCAGUAUCGGAUGCCAUCGCUGCUAGUCAAUGGCAAAAGCAAAGCAAAGAGGUACAAAAGCUGUUAAUAAUAAUGAUGAUGAGAGCUCAAAAGCCAAUUGGACUCACAGCAGGACCAUUUUUUCGAAUGACAAACUCUACUGCGGUGCAAGUAAAGUGUAUUCUAUCUAAACUUCAAUUCAAUGUGCAGAAUGUACUUUUUACAGACGAUGAAAGUGGCUUAUUCCUACGCAUCUAUAAUGACCUUCAGAAAGUUCCACUGAUGUUUUCUGAGAUUUCAAAGUACGAAGCAGCAAUGAGAGCCUCUAACGAUACUCAAGUGAGGAAAUACUACGAACAAGAAGUACAGUACUGCAGAAGAAUCAACAUAUUUCAGUUCCUAGUUACAUUUUUCGCAUGCGGCGGUUUCGCACAUAUUUCAAUAAUGAAAGUGGUGGCUUCUGAAGACAUGUCUGAAUUUAAGGAUACUCCAUUCAUGCACGAUCUUUGGUAUCCUUUCAAGAGAGAAAAACACAUGCCAUGGGUCAUGACUGUUGCAAUAUUAUGCGAUACCCAGGGUCUGUUUUGCAACGCAGCAAGUCAAAGUACACUUAUUUGUUUGAUGAUUUAUGCCAGAACAAGGCUCAGAAUUUUACAAAUAGACACUGCUUCCGGUUGGAUAUCGGUUUUAUGUCUUAAUAUGUAUGUAAUUGCUCAAAUUUUUAUACUGUCGUGGCAUGCUAAUGAAAUUUCGGAAGAGGGUUUAGCAGUAUCGGAUGCUAUAGCUGCUAGCCAAUGGGAAAAGCAAAGCAAAGAGGUACAAAAGCUGUUGAUGGUAAUGAUGAUGAGAGCUCAAAAGCCAAUUGGUCUCACCGCAGGGCCGUUUUUUCCAAUGACAAACUCUACUGCGGUGCAGACGAUGAAAGUGGCUUAUUCCUACACAUCCAUAAUGAGGCAAAAUAUUCCUGAUUAGAAAUGAAAUGCAGGAAAAUGAUGAGUACAAAUGUAGCGAUGUUCAGAAAUAGCCAAAGAU